CCAGUCCACAUACCAGACAUUCCACUUCCAUUGCGACAACACCCUCGCUUCUGCGCCUCUUACUCAAAUACACGGGUCGCAUCAACAUCACCGCUGUAUUUGUCAUCUUUCUGCAUACAUCCAUCCCUCGGACCGAAUCCAGCGCUUCAUCCCACACCAUGGCCGACGAGGAAACUAAGCCGAACAACGACGACCUUGAUCGUCAGCCCGAGGACGAGGACCUGGGCGAUGAUGAGGAGGAGAUUGCGGCCAUGAAGAAGCGCGUGGAGGAGAUGGAGGCGGAAGCUGCCAAGUUGCGCGAAAUGCAGGCUUCAAUGGAUUCGCAGUCGGACAACUUGCGGGAAAGCAAAGAGGACAUCGACGGACGAAGCAUCUUCGUUGGGAACGUGGACUAUGGCGCCAGUCCAGAGGAAAUUCAGGCGCACUUCCAGAGCGUGGGGAGCAUCAACAGAGUCACUAUUCUGCUGGACAAGUUCACGGGUCAUCCCAAGGGGUAUGCAUACGUCGAGUUCAGCGAGCCUCAGCUCGUUACGAGCGCUCUGGUGCUGAACGAGAGCGUAUUCCGGAACCGCAACAUCAAAGUCGUUCCAAAGCGUACUAAUCUGCCAGGCAUGACUAGGGGCGGUCGAGGUCGGGGCCGUGGUGGACCUCGCGGCGGCUACGGCGGCGGUGGUGGUGGCUAUGGUCCUCCUAUGGGAGGCUAUGGUGGCCCACCGCCGUUUCGCGGACGCGGAGGAUACCGCGGUGGUGGCCGAGGCGGUUUCCGUGGCCGCGGCUACAACCCAUACUGAGCGAACGUCCGAAUGCGACUAUCCCUUGCUAUUUGACCUAGACUGAAUUACAUUUGGUGAUGAAAGAUUCCGAGGUGCUUCUGCACUGCCGCAACGCGCAUUUUGGCUUCGGCGACAGUCAAGAGGAAGGUGAACGAGCAGAUUGGACCGGAUACUGUUGUGCUUCAGCUUCGAGGAGAGGCUUAAUAGAUGAAGAAUCGGGCAUCAGAAAGAAGCCACAAAACUCUGCAAUGUGUUGGAGUAAGAGCCAUUGCCAUUCAAGGCAUUUCCGUCAGGUUCAAGAGUUGGUCCAGAUUCAAGAGUCCGUGAUAGUGUGGUGAAGAUUUGGUGCAAGAGUGAAGAGGUGACAUACAUCUCGCUGUCUGAUUCUGACAGGCCGUGAUGAUUGGGUGAAGUCGAUGCGCCAAAGUAUGGUGUGGCCGACGUCGCAGACUCUGCGCAGACUGGUCGCCCGCAUCGUUCAGGAUGAGUGGUCAGUCGUGAGUGAAAGUCAUGGUAUGAGCUCAGCGCGUACUGCUGUAGCUCUCCAUUGCUGAUUAUUGAACAGACGACUGCAUCACAUCUUCUUUCACGAUCAAUUCGGCACGGAGGGAAGUAUCGGAGGCCAACUUCAUCAGACAAUCGCUUGAUCAAUGCGAUGCCGACGAAAGAGGAGUUUUCAUCAAAUGCCCAAGCCUAACCUUGGUGACGCUCAAGCAUUCGUCGAUCCGGUCAACUGGUAAAGAAUUAUUCACGACUGCUACAUCAAUGAUACAGCAUCGCUUCGUACAGGGAUGAUCAACAAGCAUAUUGACCUACUAAAUAUUUCGAACAC